AAAUUUGUAUAAUCUUCAGGGUGGUAAAUGUUGUUUUUGUUUUUGAGAAAACGUGUGUUUUGAUUUGGAAAAAGUAGUGAAAAUUUCGUGAAAUAUGUCCACAAAUGUUCAGAUUCGUCUGGCCAGGGAUAGAGUUGACAAUGAGCUGUUAUCUAGUGAUAAGACUCCUCGACUCUACACACCUGGAGAGGUGAUAACAGCCCAACAUGGAUAUAUGAGAGGUCAUGGGACUUAUAUGGAAGGGGAUGACAUCAAAGCCUCGGUGGCUGGUGUUAUGGAAAAAGUCAAUAAGUUGAUUUGCAUAAAACCCUUGAAAAGCCGGUAUGUGGGAGAGAUUGGAGAUGUUGUUGUGGCCAGAGUCACGGAAGUUCAGCAGAAACGUUGGAAAGUGGAUACAAAUGCUCGACUGGACUCUGUGUUGCUGCUGUCUUCGGUAAAUCUUCCAGGAGGUGAACUCCGGCGACGUGGAGUUGAGGAUGAACAAAUGAUGAGGAAGUAUCUGCAGGAGGGUGAUCUCAUUUCGGCCGAAGUUCAGAGCAUUUACCAGGAUGGGAGUUUGUCAUUGCAUACGAGGAGUCUCAAGUAUGGCAAACUGUCUCAAGGGGUUCUUGUGAAGGUAUUUCCAUCGUUGGUUAAACGUUGCAAGACUCACUUCCACAAUCUCGCCUGUGGAGCUACAGUGAUCCUGGGAAAUAACGGAUUCAUCUGGAUAGCUCCCACAUCGGCUGCCGAGGGGGAAGAUGAUGGGGGAUUUAAUCAAAAUCUUCAGGAAGCUGUAAGUAAGACUGAUAGGGAAGUUAUUGCACGACUCAGGAAUGUCAUCAAUGCUCUGGCCAGUUCCAAGUUAAUGCUCUAUGAUACGAGUAUCCAGUAUGCCUUCGAGGCAUCCCUCAAGUAUGAAGUUCACGAACUACUCAGCCAAGAAGCAAUGUUCGAUGUUGCCUUCCUCACGCAACAUCGUCUCAAACUUCAUGAAGAUUGACCUCAUUCCCAGUUCAUUUUACAGCUUCUCCGGGCAUUUAGCACACUGACACAUACAAAACAAUGUUGGAGAAUAAAUAGAAUAAACAAUAAAAUGGUCUUAUCUGGUUUCUUUUUUGCGCUAAGACGCUAUAA